AUGAAAGCUUUCUGGCUUCCCUCAGCUACACCACAAGCUUCAGUCAAAACUGAAGCUCCAGACACACACACUGUAUGUCCAGAGGGCAAGGAGAAGCUCAAGCUUAAAACACUUUCCCCUAUACAUUUCACAGAAGAUAACAGCGAGGAGGAUGAGAACAAGAAGAAGUCUUCGUCCUCCAGCUCUUAUGACAAAACCCACAUUUGCCCGAGCUGCAAAGUCACUCUCACCAACACGAUGUCUGUGAUCGCUCUCAGCUCAUGUGGGCACGUCUUCUGCAAGAAAUGUGCAGAGAAGUUCAUGCCAGUCGACAAAGUCUGCCUCGUCUGUGACAAACCGUGCAAGGAUAAGAACUUAGUUAACCUGAAGAAAGGAGGAACGGGCUUUGCCAAACACGAUGAUCAUCUGGAAGCUAAGGACUACAAGCAUUUGGGCAGUGGUUCUGGUUUAGGACUUGUGAGGCCAGUUAAGACAUAG